AUGGGCCUAUUGCACAACGUUCAAGACUCCAUUAGAGAUAUCACCUUCAAACUCGUAUAUGGCAAGGUAUGCCAUCUACCCAAUGAGGUAGAGCAUAAAACCUACUGGGUGAUAAAGAAGCUCAACAUGGAUGCCCAACUAGUUGGUGAGAAAAGGUUGCUAGAGCUAAAUGAAAUAGAGGAAUUCUCUGCCCAAGCUUAUGAGAGUUCCCACCUAUACAAGGAGAAGACUAAACGUUGGCACAACAAAAAUCCUUUGCCAAGGCAAUUUCAUGAAGUCCAACAAGUCCUCAUGUAUAAUUCUAAGCUAAAACUUUUCAAAGGCAAACUCAAGUCCCGAUGGUCUGGACCCUUCCAAGUGCAUCACGUGUACCUGCUUGGAGUCAUGGAUAUCAAGAACUUGGAUGAUGGGUCAAUCUUUAAGGUGAAUGACCAAUGCUCAAGAUGA